GCAGAUACCGAUGGCUGUCCGCUCGAGACAGCGCCCGGGACUAAGGUUCCCGCGCCGCCCUAGGACUAUGCUGGACCCCUUCUGAUCGUAGGCGGCGGCACUAUGCCAGUUCGGAGGGGCCAUGUCGCCCCACAGACAACCUUCGUCGACAGCAUCAUUCGAAAGUUCGAAGGCCUCAAUCGUCGUUUCUUGCUGGCGAAUGCACAGGUGGAACAAUUUCCUAUCAUCUACUGUAAUGAUGGCUUCUGUGAUCUGGUGGGGUUUUCGCGGGCCGAACUCAUGCAGAAGCCUGCGACGUGCGACUUCCUGCACGGACCCCUCACCAGCUCCCAAGCCACGGCCCAGAUCAGGGAGUCCCUUACGACCUGCCUCGAGAAACAACUCGAAAUUAUAUACUAUCGGAAAGAUGGGACCAAAUUUUUGUGCAGCCAGGUGACAGCUCCUAUUAAGAAUGAGGAGGGAGAGAUCAGCAUGUUCAUUAUGAACUUUGAGGACAUAACGGAUGCCCCGUAUAGAGACGAAGUGGUGACACCUUGCACUAGCCCUUUAAUGUUUUUCAAGAGAUUUCCCCAAAUUUCCCGCCAAAUCCAGCGAAUGCGUCCGAGGCUACAUAACAGCAUCCGAUCCGUCGAAGAUUACCCCAAUAACGAAGCCGGUCCACGAGCCGCGAGGAGCAAGUCCUUGCGGUUAUGGUUGCCUUCCUUGUUGCGAAGGGGGUCGGAGGUUAAAGAUCAAGAGGGUAUGAUGCUGACCCCUGAUGCUGAAACUGUGGCGCUGGACACAUUCGAUCCCCACAUGCACCUUUUGGAGCUUCGGCGGCAGAGCCUUGUCGAAAUGGACCACUACACAGCCCCUCCCCCACCAUCGAAAGAAGCGGACGCAUAUAAAGGAGGACCACCCGAUACCCUCUGGAGGACGUCCUCUUCUUUUAAAGAAAAGGGAACGCUCUCCGCAGCAUUGCAAGGACAGAAAAAAGCGGUUAGCCAACCCGACCUCUAUUGGUGUAGGAGUGAGCCUUCCAGAAGAAGGGCCUUAACCCUUGACCUCGGUAAUGCCAUAGCAGCCAACAAUCUGAGCAAAUCCCUUCCGAAUGCGUCCUCGGAUUCGGACCUGUCACGGGUACGACAACAGAGGAAGUCCCCAUCCCUUAGCAAUGUUAUUUCUGAAUCUCACUCCCGGCAGAAGGAAAACAACUCGGCCAAGUUGCUCCUCAAAGAAAUGCACUCGCACAAGCUUUACAUGGGGGAGAAGGUUGCACAGGUGCUGUCCCUGGGAGCUGACGUGCUGCCCGAGUACAAAUUAAAGAAACCAACAGUCCACAAAUGGACCAUCCUCCACUACUCGCCCUUCAAGGCGGUUUGGGAUUGGAUCAUCCUGCUGCUGGUCAUGUACACGGCCAUCUUCACGCCUUACGUGGCCGCCUUCCUUCUCAGCGAAGAGAAGGCGGACAAGCGCAACAAAAAGUACGGCGACGACCCCAUAGUGGUGAUCGACCUGCUAGUCGACGUCAUGUUCAUCAUCGACAUCAUCAUCAACUUCCGAACCACGUACGUCAACUCCAACGACGAAGUGAUUAGCCACCCCGGCAAGAUUGCCGUCCAUUACCUCCGGGGAUGGUUCAUCAUCGAUGUCGUGGCAGCCAUACCCUUCGACCUACUCUUCCUUGGAUCGGAAACGGACGAGACGACGACGUUGAUCGGUCUCUUGAAGACCGCUCGCCUCCUGCGGCUGGUGAGGGUCGCCCGCAAAAUCGACCGCUACUCGGAGUAUGGGGCCGCAGUGCUCUUGCUUCUCGUGGCUGCUUUCGCGCUCAUUGCUCAUUGGUUGGCUUGCAUCUGGUACGCUAUCGGCAACGCCGAGCGACCUUUCCUACAGAACAAGAUUGGCUGGUUGGACCACUUGGCGAAGGACACUGAACAGCCGUAUAACAACAGCCACGGAGGGCCCUCCAUCAAGUCCAAGUAUGUGACGGCCCUCUAUUUCACGUUUACCAGCCUUACUAGUGUGGGAUUCGGAAAUGUGGCUCCGAACACCAACAUGGAGAAAGUGUUCGCCAUCAUAGUGAUGCUUGUGGGAUCUCUCAUGUACGCUAGCAUCUUUGGUAACGUAUCGGCCAUCAUCCAGAGGUUGUAUUCGGGCACGGCACGGUACCACACCCAAUUAUUAAGGGUAAAAGAAUUCAUCCGCUUCCAUCAGAUACCGAACCCUUUACGACAGCGGCUGGAAGAAUAUUUCCAGCAUGCUUGGACGUAUACGAACGGAAUAGAUAUGAAUAUGGUAUUGAAGGGUUUUCCGGACUGUUUGCAAGCGGACAUAUGCCUACAUCUCAACCGGAACUUGCUCAAUAAUUGCUCCGCUUUCAAAGGGGCCAGCCCUGGAUGCCUUCGAGCUCUCUCCUUGAAGUUCAAAACUACACACGCACCCCCCGGUGAUACGCUGGUCCACCGGGGGGAUGUUCUAACAGCACUUUACUUCAUUUCCAGGGGAUCUAUAGAGAUCUUAAAAGAUGACGUCAUGAUGGCCAUCUUAGGCAAAGACGACAUCUUCGGCGAAAAUCCGUGCAGCUAUAGUACUGUUGGAAAGUCCAGCUGCAACGUCCGUGCCUUGACGUACUGUGAUUUACACAAGAUUAAUCGCGAAGACCUACUGGAUGUACUUGACAUGUAUCCAGAAUUCUGGGAAUCGUUCUCUUCGAACUUAGAAAUUACAUUCAACCUUAGAGAUACUGAACAAGCAGGGGUAGAUCCUGAACUUUUUAGACACAAACAAGUGUACAAAGAGCCGGAUUCCAUUGAUGAAUGUGAUGGUGGUAGCCGUACGAACUCCCUCCUGACGCCCAUACUACCACCGGAAGAGGCUCGUACCACAGCUUACCAGUACCCAAGAGCUAGAAGACGAAGAAGAAGACCCAGACCACCUUCCAGCGAUGAAGGAACAGGGUUCAGCGAUGAGGAGGACCGCAGAUAUAGCGGUAUGGGAAUCCUCGAAUUCUCUCCAACAAAAGCGGGACAGGAUGUUACUCCCGCAAACCUCAAUUUUGGCCAACGGCAAAGGUCUGGCACUUUGCAUUCGAUAGCAGGACUGCUCCAAGACCUGAAACGAAGUUUCACGGACGCGAAGGUGGCAAAGCCUGAAGUCUGCGCAGGCGCAAUAGCUACAGUCACCAGCCUAGCAACAGGACCUUUAUCGGCUGUAGUAGUCACGCAGCAAGCUCAGGAGCCUUUAGCAUCUCGCCCUCCAAGUCUUACGAUGGCUCGACCUGAAACUCAAGCGGAGCCACAUGAGACUAAAGAAAAAACUCCACUGUUAGAUGCUGUUGAACCUAGUAUGGAUUUCGUUUCAUUACAGAUUGAUAAAGACAGAACUUCCCAGACAGCAUCUGUCGAUUCAACUCCUGGGUCUACAGGAAAUAUUCUCAGUCCACAAGCUACUUUCCAAUCUUCCCAGCAGCACAUUCCCUCUAGUCAAAGAAGCAUCUUAGAAAAUACUGUAGAAACGAGGCGACCUUGCUCUGGGCCGGGACGCCUAGGGACCAUGGCUGGCGGAACGUCCAGCAGUGGAGCCCGGUCGAGUUCUAGCGUCACUAUACCACUCACUGGUAGUUCUGUCAAUGGAAAUAGUCCUGGAGACGAUCUCACGUCCCCUCACCACCAGCCUUUCCCUAUAGUUAAUUCGAAGCCAAACACUCACAUGCUAGAAGCAAAGUUAGACAACCUUAGUAGGCAAGUACGAACAAUAGAAACGCGCUUGACCACAGAUAUUCAGACCAUCAUGCAGUUGCUGUCCCACAUAGUUGCGCAUUCCGGCGGUUCCCUCUUAGGCAAUACGACGACCGUCUCUAAGGAUCUGGUGUCCCUGUCCUCUGAUUUAACUCCUGAAGACGGUUUGGCCCAACAACCAUUCAGGCAACCUGGUGGGAAGCCCCGCGGUCGGCAGUAUAGGAGAGCGGUCAGUCUUCAAGGGAGCUUAUCCGCUCUGACGCCUGACGGGGUCUCGCUCAGGUACAUGUGCAGGAGCCUCGAUUUACCCAGGAGUCAAGAUCAGGAACCUUUGUCGACUGUUCAUGACUCUGAGUUAGAUGAACAAAUUGAAACCUCUAAACACUCCAAGACAGUGCCUGCAACACCUGCCAGCGAGAAGUCGCAUGAACAGCCAACAAGGUGUGCCUCACAACCUCUGGAGCGUCCAAGGCUUCGGAUGGUCCGCCUCAACAGGCACCUCUCUGCAGAGCCGGGUCAUCCCUCUUCCCAGGAGUGGGACCCGCCGGGUGAUGUAGUUGGCGGGACAGCAAGUGCUGCUGUGCAGCAAGGAACACUCCUGCCAACAUCCUCGGCGGUCCAUAUCACAUCCUCCACAUCGGCCUUGCAUUCGUCAAAUGCCGGGAAGACCGCCUCAGAGAGGAAGACCACUUCGUGGGACGAUGUCUCCAAAAGACCCGUGGGUUCCCAAUCAUCCGACGUGUAAAUAGUGUAAAGUUCGAAAACAAAAAAAAAUCGGGUUCGUUGGGUUUUUAUUUUUCUACCGCCAGAGCCUUGUGUGUCUAUUCAAAAUGAUGUAGACAGUGCCUGAGACUCCUUGUUUGCCAGACUGCAGGAAUUAAAACACCGGUGGCGUAGCUAAAUCGGGAAGGGUUCUCGGUGCUUCGACUGGUUAAGGGGCCCGAAGCCACUUCUACUAUGCACAUAUAUAAGAGUGGGCUCUGGUAUUACACAUGCAAAAUAUAUGCACCGCCUGCAACCGCAAUAGCUACGCCACCGAGUACAACAACAAAAAGGGACUCGAGUUGACAUUCAGUUCCUCAGUACCACCCCAUCCUAAACUACCCCUGUUAAGUUCCAGGUUGCCUUGACAAAAUAUAUAUAUAAGAAAUGAAUUAAAAAUAUUAAAAAAAUCAAGCAAAAAAUAACGAUAUCCAUGAGAGCUGGGCUGAGUGUCUCUUCUGCAAGAACAAGAUGACUGGCUGUAGAUCGCAAGGUGAGACUGACUCACAGCAGUGAUGGUGGAUUUCCACACUCAGGGAGGCGGAAAAACAACCCCAUAUCAGGACGAGUCACAUUUCUCUCUAGUCCACGGUCUGUGAUAAGUUACGUGUGGUCCUCAUAGUGGGGUGCUACCGAAGGCUGGAAUGCUUAUAUAGCUGUGAUUAUUCUUCCUAAGCUCCUGCUAAGCAAGAGCGAAUGGACUGAUUGAGACUGAACUGCUCUCGAAUUGUAUAUAAACUAUAUACACACACAUGAAAAUAUAUUUAUGCGUAUAUGUGUAUCGAUGUAUAUAGAAGAAUAUACACCCAUACACAUAUAUAGUCCACUAUUAGGUGCUGGCCGCAGCGUGGGCGCAAUACUUUUAGCUAAAAAAACAGAGGCUAUAGACAAGUAGGCACAAGUAGAGCACAAGUGUUGCCCCACGCUUUUUUUUCAUAAACUUUUUUUCAUGGCUUCAAAUUGCCUGGUGCAAAACAAACAAAAUAAAAUCAGACAGAAAAUCCGUUUCCUCUUUGCUAUCUAUCCAUAGCGACUCCAAUGCUUUCUAUCCGAUUUCACCGCAAGAGAAACAAAUCAGGUAAUUUAGACGAAGAAAUUACUAUCCUCGUGCAUAGAGACAUCUACUUAACUCAAAUUUCUUUACACUUCUAAUAAACGGCCAUCUUUUUUACCUGCACACUCUGAGAAAUUACUAAGGAAAAAAAAUUAAGAAGUGAAAUCUUCAUAAUUUAGAAUAUUAGCUGACUUUAUUCUCGAUUUCCCCGAGAGAGUUUUCGUUCCCGUACUCGGGGGACCAACUCGCUUUGAGUGGGCCAUUGCACAGGUCACACCUAGGGGCCUUCCAGUGCAUGCGCUGCAACUUGAUGCAAACCUUUAACUUUGCACUCCUGCCUGCUUCCUUACUUAACUAAUACUAUAUAUAAUAAUCUCACCCAUCUUGUACAUACGUUCGUUACGUAUUAAGAGAUAAAAAAGCUCCAUUUUUAUAUAAAUUGUUACAUAUUUUACAACAGAGGGUUAGACUUAUGGUGCAUAGAAGAUAAGUCAUGUAUAAGCGAGCCUUGUGAUGGAGAAGAGGCUGUCGCUACUAUGCUAACGCCGUGGCCUUCCUUUCAAUGUUAGCGGACUGUUUCUGUUGCAGACCCUACAUCUAUUUUGUUAAUGAAUCAUAAAAGCUUCAUCCCAUUUGGUUCUCAAAAAUGUUCUGUAUAAUAAAGAGACCUAUGCAACUAUUAUA